CUGUUGUUUGGUCCACUCAAAAGAGGAUGUUGAGACUUGUUUUUUCUGCGGACCCAAGGGUGCGCGGGAGGCCGGGCAGCCCCUGCCUUUCUCGCACAAAGUGUCUCUGAGAAGGCAGCGGAUUUUUGGUCUGCGUGGAGCUUCUCGGGUGGACCCCUGAGCAUGGAACACACCCAUGACAGCGACGGUAGUUCCGGCAGCAGCCGCCAGAGCGUCAAGAACACAGCCAAAUGGGCGGCCUCCCUGGAGAAUCUGCUGGAAGACCCAGAAGGCGUGAAGAGAUUUAGGGAAUUUUUAAAAAAGGAAUUCAGCGAAGAAAAUGUUUUGUUUUGGCUAGCAUGUGAAGAUUUUAAGAAAACGCAAGAUAAGAAGCAGAUGCAGGAAAAGGCGAAGGAGAUCUACGCGACCUUUCUGUCCAGCAAGGCCUCCUCACAAGUCAACGUGGAGGGGCAGUCUCAGCUCAACGAAAAGAUCCUGGAAGAACCGCAUCCUCUGAUGUUCCAGAAACUGCAGGACCAGAUCUUCAAUCUCAUGAAGUACGACAGCUACACCCGCUUCUUAAAAUCUGACUUGUUUUUAAAACACAAGCGAACCGAGGAAGAGGAAGAAGACCUGCCCGACACACAAACUGCAGCUAAAAGAGCUUCCAGGUCCGGGCACGGUGGCUCACGCCUAUAAAGCUUGCACUUUGGGAGGCCAAGGCAGAGGAUCGCUUGAGGUCAGGAGUUC